AUGGUGUCCGCCGACCGCCAGACCAUCAUGGAGACCAACCGGUCGCUCCGGAAUAUAAAAAACGAGCUGGAAAAUCUACUCGAGAAAGGUGUCAUUGACGAGGCCGUCUUUGACGCCAUCCACACCUCCCUGCCGCCCGAAUCCUCCCUCUCCGGACCUCUACGAACGAGCACCAACGCCAAUAUCGCGAACCCCGCCGCCGUGGCCAGCCCUUCGCCCGCGCCGACGACCCGCGACAAUAACCAGUCAGCGCCACCGCCGACGCAGGGCUUCCAGAAUAUGCACCUCGGCUCGACAUCGCCCGCGCCUCCCUCGUACGAGAACACUCCCGCGCCCGCGAUGCCCCCUCGCAGCGCGCCGCCCGGUAGGCCCAUCAUUGCGCACGCGUCCGCGCUGUACCGCUACGCCGGGACCGACGCCCGCGACCUGUCGUUUGAAAAGGACGACCGCGUGGCCGUCUACGAGUACAUGAACCAGGACUGGUGGAUGGGCAUGAACCAGCGCACCGGCCAAGAGGGCAUCUUCCCGCGGAGCUACGUCCUGCCCGAGCCGGACUACAAGGCGGCACCGGGUGGUUAUGGCCCCCCGCAACCGCAGUAUGGAUACCCGGCGGGGCCACCGGGGCAGCAGAACCCGUACAACGCGAAUGUGCCCCCGAUGGCGGUGGCCGAGGGCGGUCAGGGACAGGCGCAGGCGCAGGAGGGCGAGGGCAGCAAGGCGGGCGAGAUGGGGAAAAAGUUUGGCAAGAAGCUGGGAAAUGCGGCGAUUUUUGGCGCGGGCGCCAGUAUUGGUAGCAAUAUUGUGAAUAGCAUCUUUUAG